AUGGCAGAAAAGCAAGUAAAGAAUAGAGUUUGCAUUGUUGGAUCUGGAAAUUGGGGUUCAGCUAUUGCAAAAAUUGUGGGAAAAAAUGCAGCAAGACUCCCAAAUUUCGAAGAUAGAGUGACAAUGUGGGUAUAUGAGGAGAUGAUUGAGGGAAAAAAGUUAACUGAAAUCAUAAAUGAAACACAUGAAAAUGUUAAGUACUUACCUGGACAUAAACUACCGCCUAAUGUGGUGGCCAUUCCGGAUGUGGUGGAAGCAGCUAAAGAUGCAGAUCUCCUUAUUUUUGUAGUGCCGCAUCAAUUUGUGCGGACACUCUGUUCAACUUUGCUUGGUAAAAUAAAGCCCACAGCCGCUGCACUAUCACUUAUUAAGGGUUUCGACAUUGCCGAAGGCGGAGGCAUUGACCUUAUCUCCCACAUCAUCACAAGGUGCCUCAAGAUACCUUGCGCCGUGCUAAUGGGUGCCAACAUCGCUUCCGAAGUGGCUGAAGAGAAGUUCUGCGAAACUACUAUCGGUUGCCGCGACGUGAUGCUGGCGCCGAUUAUGCGCGACAUCAUCCAGACGGACUACUUCCGGGUGGUCGUGGUCGAUGACGAGGACGCCGUGGAAAUUUGCGGCGCUCUUAAGAACAUAGUAGCGGUGGGCGCCGGUUUCGUGGACGGUCUGGGCUUCGGGGACAACACCAAGGCGGCCGUCAUCCGGCUCGGCCUCAUGGAGAUGAUCAAGUUCGUGGACGUGUUCUACCCUGGCAGCAAGCUCAGCACUUUCUUCGAGUCGUGCGGCGUCGCCGAUCUAAUCACGACGUGCUACGGUGGCAGAAACAGAAGGGUAGCUGAGGCGUUCGUGAAGACGGGCCGCUCCAUCAAAGAGCUCGAAGACGAGAUGCUGAACGGCCAGAAGCUUCAAGGCCCCAUCACCGCCGAGGAGGUUAACCACAUGCUCGCCAACAAGAAUAUGGAGAACAAGUUCCCCCUAUUUACUGGCGUCUUCCGCAUCUGCCGGGGGGAGUUGAAACCGACGGACUUCAUCGAUUGCAUUCGCAGCCAUCCGGAGCACAUAUUCGCCCCCAAGAAUAUAAGUAUUUAC